CUCCAGUCAACGAUCUUCGCCACUUUCUUAAUCUUAGCCCUUAACACUAAUAUGCUGCACGCUUUUUCAGCCCACAGCCUUCGUUGAGUUCACUUCUGCGCAUCGAGUUUUACAGUGAUCAGAACUGAAGUACGUUCACAUAUAGGGUGGAUAAGUGGGUCCGGAUUAUGCCAAAGACGAAACCCGACUUUGGAACACGAGUUAUUGUGAUCUCAAGAGGAACCGUUGGCCACGAAGCCUAUAAUAUAUCUUGUUUUUCUUUUCAGCCAAUUAGUUCCGCGACAGACUGAAACCUCGACGGCUUUGGCCGCCGUAUCUUCCAGACAGAUCAAGGUGGUUUUCUGUCUAAAGGUGUAAGGCCGAAGCCAUUGUUCUGCUCAUACUAGCCAUGACUAUCCUGGAGUCAGACAAAGACAAUGGAGUCUUGGACACUAGCCUGGCACAGUCGUUUUAUGCUAAGUAUGAGGUACUGGAUAUUCUCGGUUCGGGUGCGAGCAGUACUGUACGACGGUGUGUUGAAAAGAAGACAAAAGAAGAGUUUGCUGUAAAAAUUAUCGACCUGAACAGUGGUGUUGAUUUGCCGGACGUGAUCCGUUCCGAAUGCAUGCGUGAAGUUUCCAUACUUCGGCGGGUUUCUGGCCAUCCGAAUAUAAUUGGUUUGCAUGACGUAUUCGAAGGGGAUGCCUAUAUCUUCCUAGUAUUUGAAGUUUGUCGAGGUGGAGAGCUGUUCGACUACCUGACGCACAAAGUUACUGUUUCGGAAAAACGCACACGUAUUUUUAUGCGUCAAUUGUUUGAUGCCGUUGAUUUCAUCCAUAAGAGACGAAUUGUGCACCGGGAUUUAAAGCCGGAGAAUAUACUCUUAGACAGUCGGGAGAAUAUAAAGCUGACAGAUUUUGGUUUGGCCGUGUUCACAGACGACAAGGAAGAACUACGAGAAACUCGCGGGACACCUGGUUAUUUAGCCCCUGAGGUCCUCAUGGUUGGCUACUACGAGGACCAGCCUCCCUACGGACAACCAGUAGAUAUGUGGGCGUGUGGGGUCAUUAUGUACACUUUGUUAGCCGGUUGCCCACCUUUCUGGAACCGUAAAGAACAUCUGAUGUUGCGGCAAAUCAUGGAGGGCCGUUAUUCAUUCCCAAGUCCUGAGUGGGAUGACAUCAGUGAGACAGCCAAAGAUUUGAUCCGACGACUACUGGUCGUGGACACAAAUAAUCGAAUAAAGUCAGAGGAGGCUCUGAGGCAUGACUUCUUCGUGCAACAGACUCUCGCAGUUCCCUCGGGAUUCGAUGCCAGGCACAAAUUUCGGGUGGGCAUCUUGGCGGUACGUUUUAUUCAUUGUCUAAGAGACCUGCGAACUCGAGGCGGUUAUCUACACAUCAAACAACUUGCCGUCGACCCCUAUGCAAACAGGAAACUGCGCAAAAUAAUCGACACGUUGUCCUACGAUGUCUACAGCCAAUGGGUCAAAAAGGGCGAAGACCAAAAUCGUGCAGCCAUGUUUGAAAAUGUGCCUCGACGCGAUUUGGUCGAGCCCGUUUCAAAAGAUGAGGAGGAGGAUGACGAAUUUAUCGGAGCGUUUUGCCGUACUGACACGGUUGAAUACGGAACUUUUGACUACGAUGACGAAGAAUGUUUACGCGCUCCUAUUAGAGUAGAGUACUGAGUUGGCGAUCAUGAAGGCCGCUCGCUAGUGCAAUACCCAAUCCAUUCAUUCGCCCCACCCGUCGUUCAUCACUGUUCCCAUUUAAAAUCACAACGAAGCCACAGAUCAUGUCCUUUAGCACUAUUACCUAUGUUUAUUAUGUUUAUGUCCUCGAGUACGUCCAUGCGCUCGUGUGUACAAAGAGGUGUUUUCUUCAGCAAAUCACUUGUGAUAAGCAGUAUACCAUAACCAAUACUAUGCCUUAUCUCCACAG